CCGAUCAAGCAGAAGAAAAUUAUCGUUGCAAAAAAUAUUAAAUAUAUUAAAGAUGAUGCCCCGAACAUUCCGGAUGUUGUUAAGGGCCGAGGAAAAACUGCGAAGAUAGCUCCGUUACCUGAAGUAGCAAGGACUUCAGUGACAAAGAAAGUCGUUUUGAGGAACCCCCUUAUACAGAGCCGCCCUAAGAAUUUCGGGAUUGGACAAUGUGUCCAGCCUAAACGUGAUCUGUAUCGUUUCGUCAAAUGGCCUAAGCUAGCUCACCAGGUAUUCCGUCUUGCAGAGGAUUACCGGCCUAUAAGUAAGCAAGCCCGCAAGGCACAGUUGAAAAUUCGUGCCAGUAAGCGGAUAGAAAAAAAACCUGAUAUUGAACAGCCCAAACCUAAAAGGUUAAUCCAUGGCAUUCGUGAGGUUACGAGUGCCAUUCAACAAAAGAAGGCUCGUCUCGUCCUGAUAGCACACGAUGUUGAGCCCGUCGAGAUAGUCCUCUUCCUUCCUGCAUUGUGUAGGAAAAUGAAUAUACCAUAUGCAAUUGUGAAGGGUAAGGCUCGCCUUGGCAUUCUUGUCAGGAGAAAAACAUGCACGAAGGAUAUAUCAAAGCUGGGCAAAAUAAUCGAAACUGUCAAGUCCAAUUAUAAUGAUCGCUUCGAAGAGGUAAUUUAUUCUAAUUUAGUCAUGCCAUGUUCUAAAGAUUCGACGACACUGGGGCGGUGGUAUCAUGGGCAACAAAUCAACUGCUCGUCUCAACAGAUUAGAAAAGGCAAAAGCAAGGGAGCUGAAAAUAAAACUGGGCUGAUUUUUAAUAAAUCGUUUAACGGAAGCAUUCAUUUGUAUACAUUCUUCAGAUGGGCUUUUGGGAAUAAAUGGCUCAGAUCCACCUUUCCCAUAUCUAAUUUAGUUCAUAUGCCCUCAAAAUCGCCCCAUUCACAUUAA